AUGGCGAUAUGCAAUACUAGCGCAUUGGUUGUCCAGUCUGCUGGGGCCAAACCCGAACUCCUCGAAGUCGCGCUGGAUUCGCUGCAGCCCAACGAGGUGAAGGUUCAGAUACACGCGACUGGUAUUUGUCAUACAGAUUUGGCGUGUAUGGAGGGGCAUAUUCCAGUCCAGUUUCCUAAUGUGUUUGGCCAUGAAGGUGCUGGGGUUAUCUUAGAAAGAGGAAGCGGCGUCACAGAUCUACAGAUUGGCGAUAAAGUGCUGCUCAGCUACAAUUUCUGCGGUGAAUGCACCCAGUGUAGUAGAAGUUACCCGGCCUAUUGCGAAAACUUGUUGCAGCUAAACUUCGGCGGAAAACGACCAGAUGGCUCUAGCACAAUGAAAUUGCCUAAUGAGCAGGAGUUGUUUACCAAUUUUUUCGGCCAGAGCUGCUUCGCCAAAAUUGCAGUCGUCAGCAAGUCAUCAGUUGUACGGGUCCCACCGACCACAGAUCUCCAGCUGUUUGCUCCACUAGGAUGUGGGAUGCAAACCGGGGCCGGCGCAGUUUUCAAUACUCUAAACGUGAGGCCCGGAAGCUCAGUGGUGGUUUUCGGAACGGGGUGCGUUGGUCUUGCUGGGGUCAUGGCCGCCAAAAUCCGGGAAGCUCGAAUCAUUGUUGCUGUGGAUCUUCAGCCUGAAAGACUGGAUUUGGCCCGGGAGCUAGGUGCUACCCACACUUUCCGUGGAGAUGACCCCGACAUCCGAAAAAAUAUCACUGAUCUGUGCAGCUCGUCGCGUGGCGCGGACUUUGCCCUUGAUUGCUCUGGUGCCAUCCCUGUGAUCGAGACUAUGAUUGCGACUCUUGGUAUUCGCGGAAAAGCUGCUAGUAUCGGGGCGCCAGCUCCUGGAAGGAAGGUCGAAGUGGAAGUUUUCUCGCAUCUCACAAUGGGUCGACAAUAUCUUGGCUGUCACCAGGGUGACAGUGUUGCAACAGAGAUGAUUCCCUACUUGAUCGAGAAGCAAAGUGAGGGGAAGUUUCCUCUGGAAAAGUUGAUCAAGGUUUAUGAUUCCGAUGACUUCUUGCAAGCAUUCAAUGACAUGAAAGAGGGCAAUGUCUUGAAGCCUGUGUUGCGAUGGACUUCACAGAGUCAAUCAUGA